CAAAAUUCGGAAACCUGGCCCUUUGUGGCCAUGAAAUCUUAGCGUUAUAGAAAAAGCAUUCACCAUGCUUCAACAUGAAACUACGUGACCUGGACCUAGAAUGGCUGACUGUUGUAACAGUCGGCAUAUUUUCGCACGUAAACAACACAUGCAUUGUGGGGUUCUGCGGCGAUCCCGCUAUUGCAUCCUUCCAGGUUGAUCUACCGUUCAUCCUCUUCAUCUUAUCAGUGCUGACUUUUGUAGCUGACCACAAUUGGUAUCCGACAAGUUUGAAAAAGCCACACAGUUCCAUUCUCCUGAUUUUGAACGUGCUUACUGCCCUCACCAUCAGCAAUGUAGCACUGAAGGUAAUAUGGCUGCCGUUGCAAAGCAUCCUUACAAGCGCUAGCAUAUGGAUAUCAAACUGGGUUUAUGAACAAAACUUGCACCAGGACGGGUCGCGUUCGAACUCCGGCCAAUCAGCCUGGCGAGUCUAUCUCUCGAAUAUCCUCGAACAACAUGGCGCGCAUGCAGUGCCGACACCUACGUUUGGCUAGCACAGGCUAUUGUGGAGGCGGCCCGUUCUUGCUGCUGCAGAUGCUGCACUUCGCGCCCGAGGAGUCCGACGUGGGCAGCGCGCUGCUGCAGUGGCGGGACGACACGCUGCCCUACGCCGUGAGCGUGCUGCUGUCGGUGGUGAUGCUGGGCACGCGCUUCCUGGCGCCGGGCGGGUCGCUGCGUCGGCGGCGCGGCCGCAUCCUGCUGCUGCCCGGAGGCAGCCUGGCGCGCCUGCGCUCGCUGGCGCCGCGCUACGUGCUCAGCAAGGUGGACGACUCGGACGACGAGGCCGACGGCCGCUCCGUCGACUCGCCCGACUACUCGUCCGUGGGCGCGUGCUCGCCGCCCCGCCCCGCGCACCAGGAGACGCACCACGGCGCCAGAGCUUCCCGCACCCGCACCCGCACCCGCCCACGCACGCACGCCCCCGCGCCGCCGCCCCAGCCCCGCCUGCGCCCGCCGUCCCAUGGCUGCGCUCACAUCUCCAAGACGGCCGGCGCCUACGGGGUGCCCACCAUCUCGUCUGUCUCCACCGUCGUGCUUUGA